AUGCACAGCGCUCGACUUGACAGCUUCCUGGGCCAGCUCCGCUGGGAACUGCUGUGUGGCCGGGACACAGGCUCACCCCAGAUGCCUGGGUCCCUGCGGCCACCCCCUAAGCCUGGCCCAUGUGUGCGGCCCAGCCACCAGCUCAGGGCCUCAGAUGCCUCGGAAGAGGACUCAGCAUGCUGUGUGGAAGAGGAUGAGGAGGAAGUCAUGAUGAUGGGGGACAGGGGUGCAGGCUUGCGGGGCCCCAGGGAGCACACCCUGGACUGGGACUCUGGCUUCUCAGAGGUGUCAGGGAGCACAUGGCGAGAGGAAGAGCUGCCCAUACUCCAGCGCCCAGCACCCCCAGCACGGCCCCCCCAUAGCCAGCGCCUCUCAGCUGAUGGCCUCCCCCUGCCUAGCAGGGUCUCUCUGGCCAGUGCACCACCUGCCCACCGACCACGACCUAAAUCCACUCCGGAUGCAUGCCUGGAGCACUGGCAGGGACUAGACACAGAAGACUGGACAGCAGCCUUGCUGAGCAGGGGUCGGAGUCGCCAGCCACUAGUGCUGGGGGACAACUGCUUUGCCGACCUGGUGCACAAUUGGAUGGAGCUGCCGGAGGCACCCAGUGAGGGAGAUGGUGGGAGUGGACCCCGUGCUCGCACUCGGCCCCCACAGUUCCUGCUUGGCCUCUCCGAGCAGCUGCGGCGCCGGCUGGCUGGGGCACGGCGGGCAGCCAUGGCAGGAAAGCGGCUGUCAUGCCCACCUCGCCCUGAACCCGAGCUGCCUGCGGACGUCUCACGCUUUGCUGCCCUCAUGAGCUGCCGCAGCCGCCAGCCCAUCAUCUGCAAUGAUGUCAUCAGCUACCUCUGA